AUGGGGGGAGAAACAAACCGAGACUUGGGAUUUGUCGAAGGAGAUCUUAUUGAAUGCUUGAAUGCAGGAGACGGACAGUGGUGGAUGGGUCGCUUGCGGCGUGAUAGACGUGCUGUUGGACUCUUCCCAUCCAAUUUCGUCGAGCUCAUGAGCGAGGACUUCGUCCCAAUUAGUCGAGACACCAGCCAAAUGGUCUUAUCUGGCUCUUCGCCCAUUCAUAACCCCACUUCCGCCCCGAAGAAGACAAAAACAGUGUUUCGAAAGCCUUUCCAAGCGCACAAGGAAGCGUUGUCUCCUGCUUCAAAUCUAGCGAGGAGCGGGUCUAACACUCCAGUGAAGAGCUCAAUACCUGCAACACCACCUCGUGAUGGGGGUGGUAUUCCUCGAAGCACGAAGCCCUUGCGCACUCAUGCUUCUGCAGUCAAGAACCAAAGUCCCUUGUCGCGCCCAGUUUCAGUAUCAUCCCGCCACUCAUCUCGCGGUGUAUCCCCAGCUGUAUCUCCUCGCGCGUCAAUGGAGCCGGAGCGCUCGCCCUCUAGCAUGAUGCCUCGAGGCAGUGUAUCAUCUUCGCGCCCAACCUCCCGGGAAGUGUCACCGAUGUUCUUGCAAGAGCGCGAGGCGUCGCCACCUCCACCUCCGCCUCCUCCACAUCGCGUGGCUAUUAGUCGGCCGCCUUCCAGAUCCCCACAACCUCCCCAGCCUUCGCGCUCUCCACAAACGUUUAUGUACCAACAAGCGCAUUCGCCGCAGCCAUAUAUGCAUCAGCAACCGCAUUCUCCUCAGCCCUACAUGCACCAACGCUCACCCUCCCCUCAGCCUUACAUGCAUCAACGAUCGCCCUCUCCCCAACCAUACAUGCAUCAACAAUCACCCUCUCCUCAACCAUACAUGCAUCAGCGAUUGCCCUCUCCCCAACCGUAUAUGCAUCACCGGACGUCUUCGCCACAGCUGCCAAUGCAUCAUCGGGCACCUUCUCCGCAGCCCCCGAUGCACCACCACCGGCACCGAACACCCUCCCCACAGCCACCGAUACACCGCCGUACACCUUCUCCUCAUCCACCAAUGCAUCAAUCGGAAGGUCUUCUGCGUUCCCCCCAGCCCCCCGCGCACACUCCAAAGCCGUCAAGGUCCCCCAAGCCUUUGGAUAUGAACGACCGUUAUGUGAUAUUUGCGCGCACUCCGUCUCCAGGAGCGCUUUCUACACAUUCGGCUGUCUCGGUUCAAUCUGAUGCAAAUGGGAAUACUCCUUCUCCUCUUAGAGACGCCAUGGAAGAUGUUAUGACUUCAUUGCAGGACAUGGGUCUACCCCGCCAAGCUUCACCCUCGCCCCGGAAUGCUCCAUCACCGUCAGUUCCGGUGACAUUUAACAAUCCCUGGUCAGGAGACACGUACGAUGAUGACAAAACCCCACCAGGGAACAGGCGUCGUCCAUUGACUUCCAUGGGCUUUGAUGGCCAUAACCAGCAGUCUCACGGAGGAUUGGUACAUAGGAACAGUGUCUAUUCACAUGACUACCAUGGGGACGGGCCUCCUCAACUGAACAAUUAUGUACAAAGAAUGGAAAGCCGUCUUCGUCAACUAGAAGACCAGAAUCGACUACCUGAAGAUGAAGGACGGCCCAUGUAUGACGAUGCACCGCCGCCACCUCCGCCCAAACAUGCCACUUAUCAUCCACGACACAAUUCCAUUCCAGCACAGUACCCUCAUCUUCAAUCCAGGCGGUCUGGUCAAGACGUCCGAGGUGACAUUCUGAACAGAUCCUAUACCAACAAAUCAAGCGCAACCAACUCUAGUGGGGUUCAAAGUGUUGGCACACAAAUGACCAACACUACAGACAAGACGAACCAGAGCAUGAUGAGCGGGGCCUCUGCUGGCGGCUUCAGUGCAACAAGCGCAGGAAGUUACGCAAGGCGUAAUGGUGCUCAAGAGAGACCCAAUACCGCUAUGGAUACUGUUCGUUCUCGAGGCUUCAGUGAUGUCGGAAACAUGGACCGCCCCGAAACACCCUUGACCGGGAUCUCAUAUCACUCCAGCCACAACACUUCUCGACAAGGAGCGUCAUCUGCUAUUCCAUGGUCGUCUGUUGAUCACGACGCGGGUGACUCGGGUGGGGUGUUUGGCGGUCUUUCUACCCCCAAGACCAAGAAACAGGGCUUCUUCAAGAAGAUCUUUGAGUCCGCGAAGACGGGUGCUGCUAGCGCAAGAAGCAGUAUCUCCGUUGGUCAUAGUGGUGGCCCACAGUCUCCUUCAAAGGGGCACAGGGUAGUUGAUACGAUAUCCCCUCUUCUCACCUCACGGGAAUCGGCUCGUGAUAGUCCUCGAGAUAUGGGCCUCAGUGCUAGCGCUAUUGACUGGGUCCAAGUUCGCCGUGACGUCAACCGCGCAUCGUCUCCUAGUAGGAAUGAGCGUAUUGAACGAGCCGAACGCUGUCAGAUGAUGGAUCAUCCGGUUAUUUACGCAGUUGAGGAACUGUAUGACACCGCAGAGGGUGACGAAAGUAUUGACGGUCUCCCAAUCAGCGAGCCCACAAACUUUGACACCCCAAACCUGUCUCUUGUUGACAAGGGUGCCCGCUUCAUCAGCAGCCUCCCCCCUACGACUAACCCCAUGGGCCUUGCUCAAGGCUACAUCACUCGCCCCUACAAAAGUGAUGUUCAACGACUCCGUGCAAUCUUCACAUGGGUCAGUGAAAAAAUUGCUUGGGAGGAGCCUGUCGAUGGUCUUGAUAUAGAUAUCAAGAGAGUCCUACAGGCUAGACGCGGCAGUCCUCACGAAAUCGCCCUUUUGGUGCACGAAAUGUGUGGAUCUGUUGGCAUUCACACCGAAGUGAUCCAUGGCUUCCUCAAACAACCUGGUGAUAUGCUGGAUCUGGAGAGUCUAUCUCGUCCCAAUCAUUGGUGGAAUGCGGUUCUGGUUGACGGUGAAUGGCGCAUCAUGGACUCUGCUCUGGCCAACCCGACAAACCCGCAGAGAAGCCGAUUUGUGACGAACAACUCUUCUGUUGCUGAAACUUGGUACUUCCUUGCCCGUCCACUUGAUAUCUGCUAUACCCACGUUCCUCUUUACCCCGAGGAGCAGCACAUUUGCCCUCCGAUCUCUCCCGAUGUUCUGUUGGCAUUGCCAGCAGUGUCUCCGCAAUAUUUCAAGCUGAAUGCACAAAUUCCUGAUUACGAUACGAGUUUGAUCCGAAUUGAGGGACUGGAAUGUAUGCAGAUUCGUCUCGUCGUACCAGCAGACGUUGAAUGCGCUGCCGAGGUCGAGUCUCCUGCAUUCGUCCGUGACGCCGACGGGGACUUCUUUGAAAGUGGUGACAUUAUACGCAAGCGAGCAUUGGUGCAACCAGACUGGUUCCGAGGUCAGAAGAGGAUCACUGUCAAAGCUGUUCUGCCAGGUGACGAGGGACAGGGUAUAUUAAAGCUCUAUGCCGGCAAGAAGGGCCUUAUGCACACCAGCCGAGACAUUCCACACCCAAUGGCUCUAGCUCUUCCGAUAAUGCACAGUGGAGAGAAUCCACCUUACGACUUUCCCCAAUGUUCGCGCCUGGCAGUCAAUAAUACUUUUGUUUUCGCCGUCCGUCAACACGCCUCAUCGCCCGGAGUCGCUCCAAAGGAUGACUUUCCAUCCAAUGGACGUGACUCCCCAUCAUCGGUGUUCAAUCGUCCCGCCAGCGCACUAAGCAUGGUAUCAAGCACUGCAGGUGGCUCAACCGUGUCGAGUAACUCGAACGAAUUCUCCGCUUCCACCUCGGCCAUAUCAUCUACCAGGUCGUCUUCCGGGCGUGACAAGCCUGCAAAGCUAGCCAUUCAGUCUCCCUCUGGCAAGAUUCUACGCCUCACCCGCAAGGCAGACCACAUGAUUAGCAAUGACAACCCAUCCAACUCUGUCACGGAUGCUGCCGCAGAGGGUAGUGUAUGGGAGACUGUGAUCAAGAUCGGCGAGCGAGGUACCUGGCGCGGUCUAGUGCUCGCCGACCGAGUUGCACGGUGGUGUGUGUUCUGUGAAUGGGAGUGUGUCUGA